AUGACAACUGCCGUGAGCAUUGUCACUCCCAAGUCGCCGAAGCCAUCACACUCUGUACCUUUUCAAAAGAACGCCAACAAACGCUGGCCCCCAAUGGCGAACCGCAACGCUCUUCCAUACAAGCUCACCGUCAUCUCGAAAGAGAAGUUGGCGCGUGAAGCUACCGCUCCCGACCCCAGUCUCCGUCGCUGCGUGGCACACUUCCGCCUACACUGCGGCUCAGUAUUAUGGACCGAGAAUGAUAUGAAGUCCCGCAUCAGUUCAUUCGAGUUUGAAGAGACCGAUGAAGAAGACGAGGCCGAGGACGAGAAGCAAGAGGAAUCACCAAAGUUCGUCAAUGGUCCUGUCACCGGGAUACCCUCGGAACAGGAAAUGAACGCUGCUCAAGUCACCGAGACGGAAAUCCUUGCCAUGGAUUCCAAGAACUUCUGCUGCGUCUCGGUUACUCCCAUUGCCGCUUAA